AUGUCAACGCGAGCGUUAAAAAAAUUACAAAGACGCCAACAGGAAGUAGCUAUUGAGUCUUCAGAUUCAUCGGAUUCUGAAUCUGAAUCUGAUGAAGAUAUUACUCGUUCAAAUCCUCAAAAAAAUGUCUUGAAUCCAUUCGACAUAUUGAAUGCACAGACUGGAAAAACUGAUAGUAUUGAAGAAUCGGACGCGAGCGAGCCGGAAAAUGCAGUAAAUUUAGAAAACGAAGAAGAUACGAAGAACUCGGAACCUCAGAAGAAAGUGAACAAAAAGAAGCAACAAAAGAAGAAGAAAAAGCCUGAAACGGCAGACAAAAAUAUAAAGGACGUUGAAACCCCAAGGAAGGAUAUUGCUGAUGAUGAAUUAAAAGAAAUCGAUGAAGCUAUUGCUGAGCUAAAGCUUAAGUAUGGUGACGAAUCUAAAAGAUCCAAAGAAGGAGCUGCUGCGGCAAUUGAAGUUCCUAAUGAAUCUAAAUUAAAAAAUGAACUAGCAAGCUUGUUGAGUGUCAACACAAGUUUUUUGAAUCCGGAUCUGGAGAUCCGGAAGAUUUUUGGACGAAUCGUUGAAAAAAGGUCAGUGAAUAGUAGACGUAGUAACGUAAGAAGGAGGAGAUACGUCUUAGUUCAGCCUCAAGAAGGAUGGCCUGUUCUAGCCAGAUCUGGUUUAAAUAUGCGCUUAAUAGAACAGACUCCGGACGGCGUAUGCUUUUUUGAAUUUACCCAGAGCCGUGCCUAUCAAGAAGUCCAAGAGACUUUUGAAUUUUAUGUCCAGAUAUACGAUCCAAAUAACUUAUUUAUGCUUUUGCGCUCACAUCCAUUUCAUAUUGACACCCUAUUACAGGUCGCUGAAAUUAUCGACCAACAAGGAGAUCACGAACUGCCAGUUGACCUAAUUUCCCGCGCUUUAUUUGCCUUUGAUAGUGCGUUACAUCCAAAAUUCAAUUUGGCGACCGGCACUGCUCGCCUUCCUUUUCUUUUUCCCACUAACAGAAGGUUGUAUCUUUGCAUUUGGCGGUACAUGCAAAGCUUGCAAAGUCGCGGAUGUUGGCGAACCGUCUUUGAGUUUUGCAAGGUUCUUUUACAACUGGAUCCUUCUGAUCCAUACGCAAUUUGUUCUUGCAUUGAUACUUAUGCUAUCCGUCGCGGAGAGUUUGGCUGGGUUGUUAAUUUUGCCAACUAUCUUGAAAACACUAACCAAAUAACAAAAUUACCCAACUUUUUUUAUUCUUCGGCAUUAGCCAUGUACAAGAUGUACGGUGAUACUGAGGAGACCCGCUUAACUAUGCUCGCAGCAAUCGAGCGUGCUCCCUAUAUGCUAGGUAAAUUAUUUGAAUCGGUAAGAUUGCCUGCCAAUGAACUAAUUAUUCCUGAACCUCAAGAUCCGGUGCAGGAAUUGAAUUCGGAGCUUUACGCUAUGCGUUCUCGUGACAACUGGGCAUCUCCCGAUGUUUUGAGUUUCCUACAAUCUAUUUUGAAGAAUGAAAAGUUUACUCUAAAUGCAGUUCAAGGACAGUACUCAGAUAUAACGGAAAAUUUAGCAAGGCAUCUUAUUUUGCUAAACGAAAGAACAUUACAAAGAUUUUUGCCUAAAAGAAUUUUACAGCGUACUAUUGUAUCGUUUGAUCCUUUGCCUCCAGAUAGUUAUACCGAUGAGCCUCAAGUAUUUGGACGUGAUACUUCUCGUCGUCUAGCUAAUUAUCUUAGCAAUACCUUGUUCAGGAAUCAAGGAGAAAACGGCACCGACGCUAAUAAUGUGCAAGAAGCUAACCAAGACCCUAAUCAUCCGGUUCAUCAGGAAUUAAUGCAAAGAUUGGAAGAAGAUUUGGGUGAUUCAAGCUCCCCCCAGCGUCGAACCUUUAUGUCCAAUUUACGUUCUUUCAUAGCCAAUUUAUUUGUAGCAACCGAUGAGGAAGGUACCGAACAAAAUGAUGAAGAAUAUGAUGCUGGCGAGCUGCUGGAAGAGUCGGAUUAUCAUGAUGCUAUAGAUGAAUGA